GAGCAUCCAUCGCCUCUUUGUUCCAAUUUCUGAAUUUCGUUGUGGAGUUGCAGAAAUCGCAGAGUUCAGACUUUUCUCUUAAGUUAUAUAUCCCCAUUUUUUGCCAAUUUCUUCUGGAAUUUACUGCCCAACUCCUGCGCUUGCCCAAAUCCUUUGGGAAUUUACCAGGUUUUCAAAAUGGAAGAUCUCCCAUUACUUGAUUUGUCUAUCGUCGAAAAUGAUCCAUAUCAAUGGAAACCAGUUUAUUCCACUUGGAUCCAUCAAGCCAGAGUUCAAUUUAACUCUCCCAUUCAUCAGAGAGAAUUCGUGGGUUCUAAUGGCGUGGCUAAAACUUUUUUGGUUUUACCACCGAUUCCGGAUAACAAAAUUCCUACUUUUAAAAAUGUUACGGUUGUAACCAACAGUUCAGUUAUUACUAUCAGAAUCAAUUCCCACAACUUGCGCAUUUGCGCUUUUCAAGUUGAGGGACAUUGGUACGUGUUUGAAGAUGCUCCUGUUGGAGAAGUAUCCCCAUGUACCACUAUAAAUGUUGCUGGAAAUUACAUUGCACUUCCUCUCAGUCCAUUUGGUGAUCCCCGCCGAAUGUGUGAAAUCCACUUAUGUAGGAUGUCAAUAAUUACUGCAGUGAAUGUGAUUGCUUCCACAUGGCAAAUUGAUGAACAUGGAAUCGCUGUUAUUGAUGAAGCAAAGGCGAAGGCUUCGAUAAUCUUGCUUCAAAUGAUAUCAGAAUCUAUUCGUUUUCGUUCGGUAUGUGAGAUAUUAUCAGGUUUGGCAUUCGUAAUGUCUAAUCCCACUCGCCAUAAGGAAAUUUGGAAGUAUCAAAAUAUGUGGGAGAGCAUUAGUGCAGAAAUUCAUGUAGUUUUCGAUACUGAAGAGCAACCUCUCAAUGAAGAAGUAGUAGAUACACUUGGCAAGUACCACGAGAAGUUUUGCGUGAUCACGAGUGCCUGGGCAUAAGAAGAGUGGAUAAUGCUUGAAGUGGAUCAUUUGGUUUCAUGAAAGUUUUUUGUGUAUCUUAUGUUUCCAAAAACAUUGCAAGUGAAUCACUGAGGUGAUUUAAUGAGUGUCUAUUUUUAAUUAUUUUAUGUUGGUUUCUAUUUUUAAAUAAUAUUUACAUUAUAUGUGUAUUUUAAAAUUAAUUUAUAUUAUUAGUUUAAGUUAAUUAUUUAAAAACAUAUUCUAGUAAGUUGGUGAAAUGGCAUAUGUACACCGUCACUUCACUUGUAGUAUAAAAACUAAGAAAUUAGUGGAAUUUGA